AUGGGUUCGAUUCGUCCGGAUCUGAGAGGAAGAGUCUUCCCGGAGCCCAUCGACCAUUUCGACCGGCUUCCGGACUCCAUCAUCCUCCUGAUCUUCAACCAGAUCGGCGAUGUCAAGGCCCUCGGCCGCUGCUGCGUCGUUUCCAGGCGAUUCCACGAUCUCGUUCCCGAGGUCGACAACGUCGUGGUCCGCGUGGACUGCGUCAUCUCAGACGACGACCCAUCGGCGACCUCCUCGUCCGCCGCUGCCUCCGGCGGCUCCGACAGGUCGCGCCACCCGAUAUCCUCCAUCUUCCGCGUCCUCUUCUCCGGACUACUCAAGCCCUUGCAGUCCCUGUCUCAGCUAAUCACCCCUUCGUCCCGCCGCCUGACUCUGCCUGAGGAUUUCGACUGCGAUGCCGAGCCGAGCAGCGUCGUCACCCACCAUUCGCCUACUCAGGUAUUGAAGAAUUUCAAUGAGAUCAAGCUUCUCAGAAUAGAGCUCCCGAGUGGGGAAUUAGGUAUUGAUGACGGUGUUUUGCUUAAGUGGAAGGCUAACUUUGGUUCGACUCUUGAUAGCUGCAUUAUUCUUGGAGCCUCCAGUGUGGUUCAGAACAUGAGUACGGAUUUUGAGUCUAUGAGUAAUUGUAAUAGUAAUGAUUGUGUUAACAACAACAACAACACUAACAAUGGGGUAGAAGAUGAUAAUGGGAGCAUACCCGAAUCGUUUUAUACGAAUGGAGGGUUAAAACUGCGAGUUGUAUGGACUAUAAGCUCCUUAAUAGCUGCCUCAGCUAGGCAUUAUCUGCUGCAGCCUAUUAUAGCUGAGCACAAGACUUUGGAGAAUUUGGUCUUGAUAGAUGCAGAUGGGCAAGGUGUAUUGUCUAUGAACAAAGAGCAAUUGGAAGAGCUGAGGGUGAAGCCCUUGUCAGCAUCUUCAGCAUCGAAAAGGACUCUUGUGCCGGCUUUGAAUAUGCGGUUGUGGUAUGCUUCCCAUCUCGAGUUGCCGAAUGGUUUGGUAUUAAAAGGGGCUACUUUGGUUGCGAUUAGGCCCAGCGAGCAGCCCAAGAAGGAGUUGGUGGGCUCAGAGGGGGAUUGGGUUGCGUCAGUUUUUGAGGAGCCAUUUGGGACUGCUGUGAGGAUGUUGGUAUAGGACUUAAAAGGAAAAGCAAGAUACACUAGUUGGGAGGUCAAUUUGGACCAACAACUUGUAAGUGACGUGAGAGAAAAGCUGUGAAUUACUGAUGAGCCUUAAAACGAUCUUUCUUUCGAGCACUGUUGAGCACGGAUGCUGAAGCAGCUGUAUAAUUGUUGUAAGAGUAAUUAUGCGCAUUCGACUUUGCAGGUCAUUUGCGGCUCUGUUUUCGUUUUAUCUGUGAAUAUUGUUCUAGGUUUGCUGAUACUAUGAUAAUGUGCUGCCCAUGAAGAGGUGUUACUGGAAAGUGUAUCACGAAUUUUAACUGUGUGUUAUUAUCAGCUGAAUUACUGCCAUAAUAAAUGCAAAAUAACAACCGAACUUUCUGUUUGUGAUGAGUUUCGUAUUCAACUUGCAAUUGAUGUUUUUUUUAA